GGGCCUUGACUCUGUUGACGCGUUGACCCGCCUUGGCUGGCAAAGCAGGCAAGCUUCGCGAGCGACCUCUGGCCGCUGGCGCGCGCGUCGUCAACUGCGAAACAACUCCGUUGCUCCGUUUUGGUUUUGCUUCCGGUGACUCAUGGGGGGGCGAUCAAGUUAUCCGUCCGUGCUCCGAGCCCUGCCUACGUGCAAUAUGACAAUGGUCAGCGAACUCACGUAGUGCACUGCGAAAGCCUGUCGCCAGCUUUAGCCUCUCCAAAAACGCCAAAUAGCAGCGCAACUGGCAGGAGUUGCCGAUGGCUGCCAGCUGCAAAUUCGAAACCGCCGAUCGCGCUGCGGUCACCGUACCGGUCUCGAGCAUCUGCAAGUACGUGAACAAAGCGUGUGAGCGAUCGCGGUGCUUACGCAAUGGGGAGGUGGCGUACGAAGCUGGAGGCGUUAUCGAGUGCGCCGUGGAGGCAGUUCGUGGGGACCGCGUCUGCGUCGAUGCCCGUGUACUGCACCCCAGCAGCCCAUCGAGCCCACCGCACAAGGUUGCGGUGACGAUCGAACAAAAUGAAGUGGCAGAGGCCUGUUGCUCUUGUAAAACAGGCAGCUACAAGUGCGAGCAUGUGGUGGCUGUGUUGCUGCACCUGCAUGCGCAGCAAUCGCUGGCGCAGCCGUCGAAAGAGUGCCAAGAGCAGCAUGUGUCAGUGAAGAAGGAAAAACCGAGGAAGCGGAAUGAGUUGGAAGAAACUUUGGAUCUUCCCCGCAUUGACAAGCUGACAAUUGAGGAUGCACCAGACGUAGCGGAUGACAUCUUGAGGAGGCCUCUUCGAAACCAUUCGCACAAGUCUACCUCGCCAGUGCUCACCAAGCAUGCGUCUGAAUGUGUACAAAGCGGGCAACAAUCAAAAGAAGAAUCUCAACCAGAAACUACACCAAAAACACUGAGAGCCGCCAUUCUCGCCAUCACGGACUCGGCGAAGCAAACCAAGAAAGAGCUGUCUGCAGAGCGCAUCUUCAAAAAGCUCUGCGAGCAGCACCAACACAGCGAUGUCGAGACAAUCGAACGUCUCACCAGAGAGCAGAGCUGCAGUGAACUUUGGUUGGAACAUCGCGUCGGCAUGAUCACUGCGUCAGUCGCCUACAGUGUGUUUACACGUGUUAACACAAUUCGUACAAAGGCGGGACCUCACGACGUGCGGCCGUUACUUAGAGUACUCAUGAGGGAAGCUCGCGUUACAAACGAGGACAUGCAGAGAGGCAUCACUCUCGAGCCAGUCGCUAAGGAGGCCUACAGGAACCAGAACACUCAACACAGAGGCCUUCAGCUUCAUGACUGCGGCCUUUCCAUUCUUCGGGGCAAGCCGUUUAUUGGUGCAAGUCCCGAUGCCAUCGUCACGUGUAAGUGCUGCUCGCCGAGGCUACUCGAGGUAAAGUGCCCGAGAAGUUUAGAAAGGUUCAUGCAGUCCGAAGUGGUUCAUGAUAAAGGCGGAAUGCACCUGAAGCAAAACAGUAGAUACUUUUGUCAAACGCAGGUUCAAAUGGGGGUCACGGAUCUUCCUUUGACUGAAGUCUUUGUGUAUGUAAGUGAUGCGGAAAGCCUGACACUGAGUGUUAAUUUCUCCCAGGAAUACUUUGAUGAUGUGGUUGAGAGGGCAACAUUUUUUUUCAAGCAUUACGUAUUGCCUCACAUGCUUGAGUUGUGAGAAUAGAGGUACCGUUUUACCGUUUGUGUUGCUUGUGUUUGUAGCUGAGAGCAUGCCUGCAUUAAUAAAGAGAGGCUGUGACUGACGGUGAAACACCUUAGAUAAUCUGUGAUAGGUAAAAGUAUAUGUGAGUGCAUGUACAAUGGAUCCUCGUUGAUACGAUUCUGCGCAAUACAUUUUUGGGGAUGAUACAUUCUUUUCUUUUUCUUUUCCCGAUAAUACGAUUUGGUUGGAUAAUACGUUGGAUGAUACGAUUUUCGGAUGAUACGAUUUAUUUUCCAUUUAACGUGAAGAUUGUAUCAACGAGAUUCCGCUGUGUUUAUUCUUUUAGUUUUUUUUUUCUGUUACCAUUUUCCCAUCAUACACAAACGAAUCUCCCCAUUUUCAUGAUGACAUGUAGGCAAGUGAGUUUUUUACACUGCUGGCAUAUUUGAAAAACACAAUGUAAAGGGACACUAAAGAGAAAAUUGAUUUCUUUUGUAUCAUUAAAUUACCCUUCCACAUCAAAAACACCACUCCUGUCACGAUAACGCGCUUUGUAAGCCAGAAAAGUGCAAUAACAAAGGACACGUGACGAUGCCUCCUUGAGGUUCCUGCACCAGCUCGCUGUGACAUUAUGGAUUUUGGCAGCAUCUUCUAGGGCCUAGUUAAUUCUUUAGUGGUAAAGGUAGACUACAUUGUGUUCUAAAGGAGCCAAAGGUUGAACAUGGCGAGUUUCGGGAACUUUUGCUGAACCAGCGCGGCAUAAAUACGAAAAAAUACUCUGAAAUCCGUGAUGUCAUAGUAAUGUACCGCUGUACCAGGUAGGGGGAUUCAGUGCGAAAUUCUAAAUCUGACACUUUGACCUUAAUUUUAUGUUGUUAUAAUCAACCUGUUAUUUCGAAAUGAAUGACAACAGAGUUUUCAAAGAACACUCUAUUCGUAUAAACUGAUUUAGUGUUUUGCUUUAGUGUCCCCCUUUAACAUUGUAGACAAUGUGACAUUGUACUUUAAAGUGUUCAAGAAGAACAAAAAAAGACUGCUGCGGAAUCAAAAGCAAUGAUGAGCUGUGAUAAGCAUUCUCUUUCGACACGAAGUUGUAUGUGUGAGUUUUGAAAUUGAAAGUUUAAUACUGCUGUGUGACACUGUAUUCCUGUGGAACACGUGCAUCACCAAAAGCUGCAACGACAAGUGCAAGGACAAUCUGUAGUAAGCCAGAAUUGUUUUGCUCCCACUGUUAUAAUUUUGUUUGUGUGUUUAACAUAUAGCUCAAAGGUUAAUGUAGGUUGGACAAGUGUAUUUUUUAUACUGUGUAUACAGUAGCUUAGUACUAUGGUUAUGUUAUACUACUACAGUUGUUUCCAAAUGGCAUCAUUGGAAAAGGACUACAUGGCUUAUAUUGAGAGCCAUUAGUUGAAUCUACCAAAGGUGUACUUCAUGGCGUACUUUGUCAGGCUUGUAUUAUUAUACUUUGUGCAAUUGUUUGUGUGUGCUCGGUUUGAGUGACACCUGAAUAAACAUGCUUUUGGAUGAAAACAA